GCAUCAUGUGACAAAAACCCGGAAGCUCAAAUCACUCAAGAUGUCGCAGAACGGAAUUACGAGCUAUUGAGUUCCCACGUCUUUCUUCUUUUUUUGGUCAUAAUUAAAAAUACAAAAAUGCAAAACUACGAUAAGACAACUUUGGACUCCAUGCCCGCAAACGCGCCUGAUUUCAGAGGGAAUGACGGCUCGCUCGUUUCUGUACUCAAGACACUAUUGUUUUUCACUCUUCUGAUGAUAACUGUGCCCAUCGGACUGUAUUUUGCAUCAAAGUCUUUUCUCUUUGAAGCCUCUCUGGGAUACUCCAGCAACGACAGCUACUUCUAUGCUGCCAUCGUUGCUGUGCUUGCUGUCCAUGUGGUUCUGGCACUCUUUGUUUACGUUGCAUGGAAUGAGGGAUCACGCCAAUGGAGAGAGGGAAAACAGGAUUAAGAAAGACGACAAAAACUGAAGGGACAGAUGGAAACACACGUAACACACUGUCUUAUUUUUCCUGAACUAGAGAAUCAUAAUGGAGUGACGCCAUCUCUCCCUGUGUGUGUUUACGUUUCUCCUGAAUGUCUCAUCUAUCAGAGAGAUCAUGCCUGAUUUCUCCCUCAUCUCACAGAAUGGUGAAGGUCAUCUUUGGUCUGGCUGGAGGUUGUGUAAGAAGGUGUUAGAUGUUAAUUUGUGUUUUUGUGCAGGGUUAAUACAGGAUGGCAGAGAAGACACAUGGAAGUUCAUUGUUCCUGCAGUAUCAUAUUCUGACUCAUUUCAGUCUAUCCAGUAGUUGAAUCCAAUUCUAAAUUCAAGCUGUUGUACACCUUAGGCUUUUUGUGUAAAUUCAGUGUCUUCCCUUGUAUUUUUACACAAACUACAGUGAUCAUGUAGACAGUUGCUUGUUUCAAAUUAGUGUGCGUCUGUGUGAUUAAGUUAAAAAAAAAAAAAAAAAAACUAAAUCCAAAAAAUCAUUUCAUGCUGUUUUAUUUAUCAAUUAAAGCUGUUCUCCGGAACUUUCUCAGUUUUUACUGAAGCCUAAAGAGUAUUGCAGUUCUUACUAGACAUUUUAUCAUUUAUAAAAAUUGUUUAAAAUGACAUUUCUGAAUGGGGUACGAGUUUUAUGUUGACAUGUGUUCAAUGUAGCAAAUAAAUCAGCAUUCCAUCUUC